CAGAGACUGCGGACACAGUACAGGAGAUGACCAGAGACUGCGGACACAGUACAGGGAUGACCAGAGACUGCGGACACAGUACAGGGAUGACCAGAGACUGCGGACACAGUACAGGGAUGACCAGAGACUGCAGACACAGUACAGGGGAUGACCAGAGACUGUGGACACAGUACAGGGAUGACCAGAGACUGCGGACACAGUACAGGGAUGACCAGAGACUGCGGACACAGUACAGGGAUGACCAGAGACUGCGGACACAGUACAGGAGAUGACCAGAGACUGCGGACAGUACAGGGAUGACCAGAGACUGCGGACACAGUACAGGAGAUGACCAGAGACUGCGGACACAGUACAGGGAAUGACCAAAGACUGCGGACACAGUACAGGGAUGACCAGAGACUGCGGACACAGUACAGGGAUGACCAGAGACUGCGGACACAGUACAGGGAUGACCAGAGACUGCGGACACAGUACAGGAGAUGACCA